UAACCAAAAUCGGAGAAAGUAUAUCAAAUAUCAAUGCAACAUUAUUACCAGCCCAAUGAAAUAGGGCCCAAAUUUUAUGGACUAAAAGUUUAAAACACAUUACCAAAUAAUGAAUUCAUAAAUCAUAAUCCACUAAACAGAAAAAUUAAAAAUAAAAUUCUUCAGAAUAGCAGUUUCUCUCGCGGCGGAGAAAAAACUACUGAAUAUUUCCCGAUGUCAAUACCACCGCAAAACCCGCCGAUAAUCUCCGGCUCCACAACCUCCAUUGACGGCGGCGCCACCGGUCUCGAAGCUUACUUACUCAACUUACUUCAUCAACACCAAAUCUCCGCCUCUUCCCUUCGCCAUCAAUCUGAGAAAGCGAAGAAGGAAGCGACGAAAGCAGGUGUUCGAGUAUCAGAGCUUUUGGUUGAUGCUGUUAAUGGCGGAGUUCAAGAAUCGUUCCUCCAUCAAAAGCAAAUCGAGCUCGAAAUUCGAGCUUUAACUACUACGGUUAAUCGUUUUCAGAAGCAGACUCAUCAAUGGCUUGCUGCUUCUCGAUCUCUUAAUACUGCAAUUAAGGAAAUUGGUGACUUUGAGAAUUGGAUUAAGGUGAUGGAAUAUGAUUGUAAAAGUAUUGCCACUGCUAUUCGCAACAUUCAUCAAGCUUGAAGGCUUUGACUUUGAUUUAUUCUUUUUGUAAUUAUUAAUCCGUCAAGCGGUUGGAUUUUUAAGUUACGAGUAGGUUUUGUAUACAACAGAUGUAUUGUAUACAACCGAGUAUAAGAGUGUUCAUUGAAUGUGUAUUGCAUUGGAUAAUAUUAACUAUAAAUGCAACUUAAGGUUUGUUUUGGACA